CUAAUGGUAGAAAGCUCCCACCUUUAAUUAUUUUUAAACUAGUCAAGGUACCUUGUGAAGAAUUUCCUGAUGAUGUUAUUGUAUCAGAUAUUGAUAAUGAAGAAGGAGAUAGUAAAAACGGUGAAGACAGCGAAGAAGGAUAUGGUAAAAACAAUGAGGAAGAUGGUAAAGAUAAUGAAAUAGCCAAUUAUGACAAUGAAAAUAAUAAUACAAACGAAGGCCUUUUCGUGUAUAUUAAUUAUUAUGGAGAAAAUGAGAAUGCCAAUGUUAUUCAAAAUUGGAAUUAG